AUGGCUCGCCUGUCUAUCGCUCUCCUUUGUCUCGCUGUGCUUGCUGGUCAAGCGGUCGCGGCCCCGGUCGAGACGAAGCCCACAUGCCCAGCCUCUGUCAGAGGCCUUCGUAGUGAGUGGGAUAACUGCGAAACGUGGGACGUAAACAACGGAAGAGUUUUGCGCUGAUGCGCUCGCGCUGCGCAUGCAGUCGUCAAGAAAUUCCCUGGAGAUCACACCAAAGCGAGAUUGAAUUGGAUACUGACCUGUCAGGGACUGGACGGCGAUCAGAAUACGAUUGGUGCUUACUUUGAGGGAGAUCAGGCUGCAUGCAACAACGUUGAGUAAGUGUAGUCGUGGUGCGUCGUCGUGCAGGCCUGUGGCUGAUCUCGCUUUCGUGGACAGCGCGGGCAUCGAUUAUGGAUGCACCGUCCUCGAGAAGCUAGGCAGCGGUUGGGAGCUGGCAACCCCGCCGACGGCUUACGUCGCCAAACAAACAAUCGGCAGCUUUUCCUCAGGUCCGUGA